AUGAAAUUUGAGGAACUACUCAUGGAUGCUUCACAGGAACAUUGUAACAAGAGACAUGACUUAGAGGAAGGAGUAAUGCAUCUUAAAGAGAGACUAGAGGAAGAACAAGCAGUGAAUAAAACUCUACAAGCUGCUUUUCAUGGCUCUGUUGUUUCUCUUCCAAGUAUCUCCUCAUUGUUUCUUCCACCUCAGUUUUCCGAGCUUAUACAAGAAUUAGCCGUCGUGGAUGCAGAGAUUCAAUGUCUAGACCGAAAAAUCGAGGAGCUUAAGCUUAAAAUAUAUUAUGAACAGAGACAAAGGCAUGAUAUGCAUUUGCAUAUGACUGAGCAGAAGAGGACAUUGGCAAGGCAGAGCCAUGUGAGACAGAGUACUUUGCCACUGAGACAUGAUCUUCAUCAACGAUCUUUGUCUCAUUGUUACCAACAUUCUACUCUAGACGCUGUCUCAAGUACUCAUUCAAGGCUCUCUUUCUCUUAUGCUCCAGAUUUCUUGGAUGCCACGUCUUCAGGUGGCUUCACAGAUGAAUUUGAUGGAGUGUCGAGGAUGCAGAUGGGUAGAGUAAGAAAAGGGCUUCGACUUGUGGAAGUGAAGACCAAAGACGACCCAAACGAAGUAUCUGAACAACUCAUCAACUGUCUCAUAGGCAUUUACUUGGAACUCAAUCAUGUUUCAUCAAAGACCAAAGGGGAUGUCUCGCUUUCGAGAAGGCCCUCUUCUUGUAGCCGGAAAUCAAACACAUAUAGUUAUUAUCAAAAUGCAAUGAAUCUUGAUCCUUAUCACGUAUUGCCAGACUCGAACGGAUCAGGAGUCACCAGAGACAUUGGCCCUUACAAGAACUUCAUCCACAUUUCAAGAAGCUCCAUCGAUGUGACCCGUUUCACCCACUAUUGUUCACCGGCUGUUCCACGCUUGAGUGACUUGAUGGAGAAACUAUCGGAGGUAGAUUUGAGUUUUUUGACAUACAAGCAAAAACUCGCCUUUUGGAUUAAUAUCUAUAACGCUUGUAUCAUGCAUGCAUUUCUUGAGUAUGGGUUACCUUCGUCUCACAAUAGACUACUUACCUUGAUGAAUAAGGCUUCACUCAACGUCGGUGGUAUAGUCCUCAACGCUCUGGCGAUUGAACAUUUCGUUUUGCGACAUCCAUGUGAACCAGAACAUGACUCGCUUGAUGAGAAAGAAACUCUCCUCCGACACACUUAUGGUUUAGGCUAUUCAGAGCCUAAUGUGACAUUUGCGCUUUGCCGUGGAAGUUGGUCUUCACCAGCACUUAGAGUUUAUACAGCAGAUGAGGUAGUGAACGAUUUAGGGAGAGCAAGGGUGGAGUAUUUAGAAGCCUCCGUGGGAGUUUCAAGCAAGAAAAAGAUUGUGGUUCCACAGCUUCUGCAAUGGCACAUGAAAGAUUUUGCAGAUGAUAUAGAAUCCCUCUUGGAAUGGAUCUAUAGCCAGUUGCCUCGAUCAGGGAACCUAAAGGGCAUGAUUAUGGAAUGUUUGAAGAGAAAAGCAAAAGUCCCUUUAGCUAAAAUGGUAGAGAUUCAAACAUAUGGACACGAGUUUCGUUAUCUAUUGUCAUUGUAAAUAUUGAGACA